AUAAUUCUGGGACGGAAAGCCAUGUGUCUCAUUUGAAGAAGUCAUACAAAAUAUUAAAUUGAGUGUUGAGCUGCAACUUGGAUUGGUAUCUGCUUCGUUCUUAAACUCCGCAUUACACCUGGCCACAAACCACAAUGGUUAAGUCCAGGUUGGAGUUACUUCCCCUCAAUCUGCUGGCCCUCGUAGGUCUCAUUGCUUUGGGCGCAUCGGCAUCAUCAUCACCCUCACCGUCUGCCCGGGAUUCCAAACCUUCACCAUCACCGUCAGCUGAGGUCGAACUCAUAUGCCACACCGACGAUCCAGCAGAAUGCUAUCCCAAAGUCUUUCAAGCGACGGAUGAAUUCCAAGUUGUCCACGAUGAUCAGGACCUACCCUUUGGCCUUCACGUACGCCUAAAUAUCUACACGGGCAAGAAAGAAGCAAAGAUCAACAUCCCGGACGAGCAGAACCCGGCACUUGAAGGCCUCGCCGUCGACUCCUCGGUGGUCCUGGUCGACCGGGAUGAGACGUCCGACAACAGCGGCCAGGUGCGGAUCCCCGCCAAUGCGCCCGCCUAUGACCCAGCAGGCAAGAUCAAGAAGCCGCCCUCGAGCACUCCGGACGAGGGCAACGCCUUUUACAAGUCCCUCACCAUCCUCAAGAAGGGCCUCGACGUGGACGAGGCCCUGGAGAUGCUCGAGGAGAUUUCGCACGACAUCUACUACGGUCUCAAGAUCGCCGAGGACUACGACACAAUCCGCGAGCUUUUUUGUCUGUCCACGGCCCGUUCCCCGUCCUCAUCACCCUCAGACAACAACAGCAACACCAAAAACGACCCGGAGCGCAGCCAUACCCGCGCACGCCUGGCCUCCCUAACCCUCGCCUCGGCGGUGCAGAACAACCCCAAGGCCCUCUCCGAAAUCACACGCCACUGGACGACCCUGGCGGACUACACCUGCCCGUCGCCUAAGCAUCAUCAUCAUCAGAAGCAGGAAGCAGAAGCCUCGCUGGGGGAAAGCACCUUUCACCUGCUUCCGCACUCCCCGACCAGCCCGGGGGUGCUCAAAGCGCGCAUUUCGUCGCUGUCAGGGCUUCUCAAGUCGCCGCUGAUCAGGUCGCACUUUUUGACUGCGCGCGGCCCGUCGCACCUGCUGGAGCUGCUCACCUCACCGCUAUCAUCGCAGCAAUCCAAACAAGAAGAGGAGGAGGAAUGGGGCCCCACCCGUCGUGCGGCGGCGCUGCUGCUGCUCGACAACUUCCUCGACGCGGACAUGGGCGCCGCCGUGGGCGAGUGGCCCACCGCGGGGCAGCUGUCAGACGCCGAGUGCGCAGCAGCAGCCUCUGAGCAACGCCGCCAACGACAAACAGAUGGGAGCGAGUAUGGCGAGAAUGACGAGGGAUGCUGGGAUUGGCGUGUUGCGCGGUUCGCGGAGCGGUACGCAAAGGAUAAGGGCCAUUGGAGCCAUGAGCUGAGGGAUAAGAUCCGGGAGCAGAGGAGGGCGAAUUUGGCACGUUUGAAGGGAGCAGGGGCACAGGAACGGAAGGGGAAAGAGGAGCUGUGAUUUGUGAUUUGAUUGUGAGGGUGAUUGAUUGUGGACAUGAAAAGAAUACCCAUGAAAAUAUCGUACUUAGAAUGUAAAGGUAGAUCUCGGCGUUUGCGGAUUGCGCAUCAUUCUAACCUGUAGUUUAUAUGUAUUUCUUCAUACGACUACAGACUAGUGUACACGGAUAUGUAUUUACAUGGAGCAUGUGAGCCGCGUCGAAUGCUCUGGGAUUCGGCAACUUGGAUGGCUCCCGGAAGCGAUGACACGAUACGAGUAGGCCUAGCCAUGGAUGAGGAUGGUUAACUUGAACCUCCAUAUAGUGUGGCUUCACAGUUC